UCACAAAAUAUUAACGGUAGUACAAAACUUAGUUCAGAGAUAUUUCACUUCGGUAUAAUAACAUAAGUAAUUUUGUGGAGCCUAACACAUUGUACUUACAUAGCAUUUGCCUCCCCUGCUGACCGUCAACGUUAACAGAAUCGCUUUUCCUCACAGUUGUCAGGCUCCCUAUUCAUUCAUUUUCGGGACAACCGAGAGGAACAGAGACGCUGUUAACGGACAGCAGAUGUUGCUUCACGCUACGAAAACACAGUGGAGUCGCCUCCAGAAAAGAAUCUGUUAUGUCGAAGUGCAACAUCUCUUUAAUCGGCUAACUUGGUGUGGUUAGCAAGCUAGCUAUUUAGCUUUCUUGUGAACCAGAGCUAACGUUAUACUUACCUUCAUAACCGAAUAUAAACUUCUCAAAAAAGAAUUUAUAGCACUUGUCCAGUUUGGACCGCUUAACGUUCACUGGCAAUGCUUCGACAAUACGGAUAACAUCGGACAGUGAACUUUGGCAGAGCUAUCAGGGACUGUGAGAACACACGUCGCUGUUUAGGCUCAAUUUUUCGCUGUCAGAAAUGGACUUGCGUCCGUAGCAACGGUAACCGAAAACAAAGUAUCCCUACAUUCGGUUUUGGUCGCCAUCUUGUGAAAUAGGCCUAUCGCUGCCCUUGGAUGAAACCGGAACUUGUUUAGUUGGCGGUUUAAAACAGGAUCUUUUAACCUGUAGAAGGAAAGACGUCCAGCUGGUUUUGUAGAACAGUGUUGCUUGCGGUUUUGGUUGCUAAGGAAGUGACGCUGUAUCUUCGCCUCGCUGGGGCCGUGGCAACGGCAGGUUUGUGUAAACAACGGGACUGAUUUUUAUUAAUGAAUGGGCUAAUCUAACUAAAUUCAACACAUCGGAAAAUCUGGAAUGGCAGAGCUGCACAUCAUUGGUCAGAUCGUGGGGGCCAGCGGCUUUCCUGAGAGUACGCUGUUCUGCAAGUGGGGCGUUCACACAGGAGGGGCAUGGAGGCUGCUCUCUGGGAUAAGGGAAGGACAGACUCAGGUAGACUCCCCACAGAAUGGGGAGAUGGCUUUCUGGAGUCACCCCAUUGACCUGCACUACACCACCAAAGGACUGCAAGGCUGGCCGAAGCUCCACCUGCAGGUGUGGCACCAGGACUCGUUUGGGCGCUGCCAGCUUUUCGGCUAUGGGUACUGCCACGUGCCCUCCAGCCCCGGGCACCACCGGCUGCGCUGCGCCACCUGGAGGCCGCUGGGCUCGUGGCAGGAGCAGCUGGCGCAGGCCUUCGUGGGCGGGGGGCCCCAGCUGCGCACCCCGGACCUCAUCUACAGCGGCGCCGACCGCUACCGGCUGCACACGGUCGCCAUGGGCACCGUGGAGCUGGAGCUGGGGAUCGUGCUGCGCCACUUCGACAAGUACGGCGUGGAGAGCUGAGGGGGGGACGUGGCAGGGCGGGGCCAGGAGGACGGGGCGGGGCCGGGAGGAUGGGGAAGAGAGACGGAGCGACGGGGGGGACGAGGGAGGAGGGUGGCUCACUGUGGGGCUUUCUACCAAGAGGAUGCCAGGAAAAAAGAAGGGUGGUGUACUGUUUGCGGAACUGGGAGGAUGGUUAAAUGAGAGAAGUGCAUUGUGGGUGGAAGAGAGCCAGAGAUAAAGUUCUGGAAAAAAUAAUUUGGGCUCUGGGAUUGAGCUUGCCCAAUUGCACUGUUGUAAGAAAUCUGCUUACAUGCUGAAAACAGGAUGAACUGCAAAAUCAGGUGGAUGAACGAGUUUGCUUGACCGACAUGCUCUUCCCCCUUUCGCCACAAGGGGGCAGAGCGAGUCUCUGUAUAGUGUCUGCCUUCAUCAUGAUUACACACAUUAGAAAAACGCAUUUCACACAGUGGACUCUUGUUUUUUUAUAAGUAUUACAAAUACACAUUUUGUACCUGUUGAUUCGAUAUUUUUAAAUACUUUUUCUACGACUGAAUCGUGCUGUGAGUUGUAGUGCUGUGUAAUAUGUCGUAACCGUAUUAAAAGUUUUUUUU